GUGGCUGGCCGCUGACCAGCUCAACACUCCCUCGGCCCCCCUCUAAACCAAAGACUUCGGCCAACCCGCAGACAAGAACAUACGCCGAUGGCUGUCCACCUUCUUUCCUCGCCUUCCUUGCAAGCCUCUCCAAGAAAAUCUCAGCGAAUAAGAAGCCAAGGAUUUUGGCACUGUAGAAGACUUGCACAGAAACUCUAUGGCUCACUCACUCGGCGUCGAGCCAGCUCCAUGCAACUUAUUCGAAAACCUGCGCGAUGGACUUAUCUUCUCCAAGUAUUUCACAGGAUCUCGCCUGGUGGCGCCGUGUUUCGACAGUGUGCAAGCUGCCCCACUCCCUACGAUGCUUGACGAAGAAGAACAGGAAGAUAUCAGGGUCACUCCCAAUGAAAGCACUCUUUCUCACUUCAAGCAAGCGGAGAACACAAACUUUGUGGACGCUGAUAUCAUCGAUGCCUUAAAGACGCUCGUUCUGGCAACUGUCGAGUCAUUUAUUCACAACGCACAUCUUUGUGAUUCGAUUCACUUCUUUACAGGCUGGAUAUUACGACUUGUAGCGCUUUCCUCAAGACCGGCAAAUCAGACGUGUCCACACCGUGACGGGCCAACGCAACCGCACAAAAAGGAUCCAACCAUCACUACGAGUCACUGGUCUCGAUCUUCAUAUUCUGGUCUCGAUCUUUAA